AUGGAGUACUUCGACUUCGAUGAUGCCUCCCAUGCCAUUCCGGCAUUGGACCUCGAUGAUUGUUCGUCGGUCGCGGGCGAGGCCUGUGAAACUGAUGCCACAGACUGUUAUGAAUCGCUCUUUUUCGACAAAUCUGCCGCUCUUCCAACCAGUCGAGCACCAGCCAUCAAAGUCUGCAAACUCAAGCUGAUCAACAACGUUGAAAUCGAGGCCAUCCCACAUCCUUCCGACAUCACCGCGGAAUACCCCAUGUUUCGUGCCAAAGAGCCUUGUGAUCUUUGCGCGCGAAUGGGUCUCGAUUGCUUCUUGGCUACAAGAGGCGCUCUGGUCACGGGCUGCACUUGCUGUAUCUCUCUGUAUCGAGAGUGCAGCUUCGUCCACCCAAAAAUCCCCAAGGGCUUUGUCAACACCUUCCCGGGCAUCGCUGAAGAUCAGCAGAUUACUGAAGGACCAUUGACUGAACGCAGAAAAGCCAUGAAGUCGAUGGAAGAGGGACGAGGCCGGAAGACUGGUGCUCGAUUUCCGCGCGAUGCUGUCAAGAUAUUGAAGCAGUGGCUUGCUGAACAUGCUGACCAUCCGUAUCCCAACGAACGAGAGAAAGACGAGCUCAAGCAAGUUACCGGCCUGAAGAGGAGCCAGAUCUCCAAUUGGCUGGCUAAUGCACGCAGACGAGGCAAGGUCAGGCCUGCUGAAUCGGGUCCAUCCUCACCUAUGCUUGGGGCAAUCGACAUUCCCCAUAGAGCCGACAAUCCAGACAUUGCAGAUCUCAACCCCCUGGAUAGAUGGAAAGCCUCACCGCCAGAACACGAACCCGCAUCCAUGACUGCUAUUGCUCGUGCCGUCACCUCCACACCUCUGCCAGCUCGCAAUCCUUCUCUGCCAAGUAUUCAUGGCUCUAGGCCGAGCUCGAAGAAGGCUUCUAGCGAGGAUGAUUCAUCUUUCUCCAUGUUCCGUGCUCCAUCGGUGAGCAGUUUUGAAACAAGAGAAUCCAGCAACUCGGAUCUUACCUUUGCCUCCUCUCGGUCGAAUCGAUCCAAAGGAUCUUUCGCGUCCUCCCAAGACCGACGCAGGCGCAGACGAGCUCCCGUGGCGCAACGUACUGCUGCGCAACAGGCUAAGUCGCGAGCAGCAAGGAUCUUCCAGUGUACAUUUUGCACAGACUCUUUCCCUGCUAAAUAUGACUGGCAGAGGCAUGAAAAGUCUCUUCAUCUCGCUUUAGAGCGAUGGACUUGUUGUCCCAAUGGUGGGACAAUGACUGACGCACUGACGGGCAUGGGCCUGUGCAUCUUCUGCCGCGAGCCAAACCCUUCGGCGGAUCAUUUGGAAUCGCACAACUUCACUGCAUGCCAAGAGAAGACAUUGCAAGAACGUACCUUCUAUCGGAAGGACCACCUCAGUCAGCAUCUGAAACUGAUGCACAAUGCAAAAGUGCAAUCCCACAUGGAUAACUGGAAAAGCACCACGAACGAGAUCAAGUCCGGGUGCGGCUUCUGCCCGUCCAAGUUCACAACUUGGCAACAGCGAGCUGAUCAUCUGGCUGCUCACUUCCGUAAUGGUGCAGACAUGGCCAACUGGAGUGGCGGUUGGGGAUUUGAGCCGUACGUCGAAAGACUGGUCGAGAACGCCAUACCACCCUACCUCAUCGGUCACGAGAGGAACACGAUGGACCCGUAUGUCGCGAGAGUGGCAGCAACACCGUCCGCCAACACCGAUGCAGGAUUGACCAACGGUACCUCUGCAGAAAGCACAGAGCCUGAUCAAAUAACCCGGGACUCUAACUGCUGGGGUAGACUGGAACAAGAAUUGAGCAAGUUCGUGUCACAACAGAGAAUUGCUAGUCGCGUUCCGUCAGACAAGGAGUUGCAGGAUCAAGCUCGCAUGAUCAUUUACGAAGACAGUGAUCCCUGGAACUGGACCUGCGCGGACAAUCAGCAGUGGCUUGACACCUUCAAGUAUCAACAGGGGAUCGGAAGUGUCACAGACGCAAUGGUGCCGACCAAAACCUUGGCUGAAGUGCCCAUCUUAGCCCCGUACGUGAUUAAGGGCGGGCUGAAGUCGAAGCCUACGACUGCCCAAAGCCAACGCAGGAGUUUGUCCACUGAUACCAACUCUUUCCCAGCCAUGACCCCUGACUGUGGUAGCAUGCCUAACUCUGCCACAGCAGCGACAUUUGAUAAUGGUAUGGAGCUUGACUUUGACAGCAUUGACUUCAGCAACCUCGACCUCGGAAUGGUCGAUGAUUUGAACUUCGACCUCGGGCUCGACAACAGUCAAGGAGGAGGGAUGGCAUGUGGCGGUGGAAUUGGCGUCUCCAUGGCGCCUGCAACGCCGUUCUCAUCAAGUAUCCAGGGUGAUACAUUGUUCGGCUCGUACGGGGUAAAUCACUCAAUAGGCAUAGGAAUGGACAUGAACACAGGAAUGCCGUCGCAGCAGCAACAGACACAGCCUGGCAGCAACGGUCGGUUUAUGAGUGACCGUGAUCUGAGCCAGUUAUCUGGGUACGUCGCAGGAUUCAACUGA